CACGUGUUUUCACUUGAUCGACAGGACCAAAUUCAAGUGUGAAUUUCACUCAGCAGUUCUUGUAUUUUAUUUGACAAACGGGAUUCGAUUGGACUUGUAGUCGUAUCGAACCAUUUCUUUUUAUUAAUUUCUUUAUUUUUACAUUCAUUUCAUUAUCAUGGGUUUUGGUGCACCAAGAGGUGGAUUUCGUGGUGGCUCAAGGGGCGGAGGCCGUGGAGGUUUUGGUGGAAAUCGUGGUGGUGGAAAAUUCGGUGGUACACCGAAUGGAAAUAAAUUUGGUGGUGGUCGAGGUGGUGGUGGUGGUGGCCGCGGCUCAUUUGGUGAUCGAGGGGGAGGACGUGGGGGUUUCGGAAGAAGUCCCGGUCGAGGUGGUGGUGGUGGUCGCGGCGGAUUUGGUCAAAGGGGAGGAAGAGGUGGUGGAGGUGGUCGUGGCGGUGGUGGCGGCCGCGGUGGCAUGAGAGGUGGUCGUAAAGCUAUCAUUGAACCUCAUCAACGAUUAGAAGGCAUUUUUGUUGCCCGUGGCAAAGAAGACGCUUUGGUCACUAAAAAUUUGGUUCCAGGCGAUUCGGUUUAUGGCGAAAAGCGAAUUUCGGUCGAUGUGGAAAAUGGACAAAAAAUCGAAUACCGUGUAUGGAAUCCAUUCCGUUCGAAGUUGGGUGCAUCGAUAUUGGGCGGUGUUGAAGACAUACACAUAAAGCCUGGUUCGAAAGUACUUUACUUAGGCGCUGCAUCUGGUACUACAGUAUCGCAUGUAUCCGAUAUUGUCGGCCCAGAAGGUCGAGUUUAUGCUGUGGAAUUUUCUCAUCGCUCUGGACGUGACUUAUUGACCGUAGCACAGAAACGUUCGAACAUAGUGCCAAUAAUCGAAGAUGCACGUCAUCCGCAUAAAUACCGUAUGUUGGUCUCGAUGGUGGAUACCAUAUUUGCUGAUGUUGCUCAACCGGAUCAAGCUAGGAUAGUGCUUCUUAAUGCCCAAUAUUUUCUCAAAAUUGGUGGCCAUGUUGUCGUUUCGAUUAAGGCAAACUGCAUCGAUUCGACUGCACCCGCCGAGGCUGUAUUUGCCCAAGAAGUGAAAAAACUACAACAGGAACGUGUUAAACCAUUGGAGCAAGUAACAUUGGAACCAUAUGAACGUGAUCAUGCAGUUGUAGUCGGUUCAUAUCGUGUGGACGCCAUCAAAAGUUGAUCAUUUUUAUCUUCGUAAUCAUAUUAUUUUUCAUCGUUUGAUCAUGGACAUUUGUUUUCCAUUAUCAUAUAAUAGCUAUUAAUGAGUCAUCAUGAUUUGUAUUCGAAUAAAAAAUCUAUUC